GCAUUGAAGGAAUCGCCGUGCGUCGAGAAGUAUCGGUAUUUUGUCGUUAAGGUAAAAAAAAAAAACGCCGGGCCCGGGUAAUUCGUUUUGGUGUUUUGACUUGUUUUAUUUUUCUUGAAAAUUUCGAACUUUUUUUAAGAAGUGAUGUAGAAAUUGAAUUAAGCAUGGAUCUUGGCCUCUUUAUGUACUCCCCGCGAGGUCCAUCCCUUUCGAAGGGUUUUAAGUGAUGCAAUCUUCAAUUAGCACACCUUCAACGUUUGAUAAUAACAAUGAUAUCAAAAAAUCAAUCGAAAAAAUGAGCGAUUCCAGUAAGGGAAGCUAUCAAGCAAUAAAAUCAACAGAAUCGCUACAGAUCCCGAAAAAAUCAAAAAAGAAGACUGGCAUACACCUUAACAAUCUUUGGUCGAUAUGGUAUGGGAUAUUCUUCACUGGACUUCAAGCUUACGUGGCCUACAAAUGUUUAAAAAGGAUAUUAGGCUAUUCUUUAUUAAAUUGGCCAGAAGGAUUACCUUACAUGGAACUGAACUGUAGCUUAGGAUUAACGGGAGCUGCAUGUCUUCUACUGCCAAUUUUCAUAAGUGUUGCAAUUCUCAAGAUUGGUAAUUUGGCUAACGAUGGGUACAAACUGGGUAAACAAGAUGGAACUUGUAGCAAAGAACCGCCCGAUUUGUUGAAAAAUGGUAGUUGCGGUUUAUUUAGGUACGGUGGUCCAACCGCACCGUUCAUUCAUAUCGCCAUAUCAUUUUGUCUGCUCAUUCCAAAUUUGCUCAUGGAAGCUAAACUCAUCGAAGCCGGAUUUUUAUCCCAAGAUAAAGUAUGGCAUACAGAUUUAGACUUUAUCGUAACGCAUCGGGAACGCGUUUUUCUAAAUUUCAAAACGUCGAAUUCAACCAUUUUGUUCACAACACCUUCUAUUCAAAAAGGAGUAGCACUACCGACAACAGUAGCUACAAAACCAAGUGCCAUGCCUUUUGUUAGUGCGCCAGUCGUAACCCACACGGUUAUCAAAACUUUGAAGGAUAUUAUUGGCCAUGAGAAUCAUACAAUGCUAGAGAACAAGGAUUUAGAAACUGGAUUCAUGAGUUCUAUUAACAUCGAAUACACUAACUUAGCUCUGGCAUUGGUAGUCUACUCCAUUAGAUAUCCAGCACUUUUUUGGGCUACAAACAAGUGUUUGGGUUUAAUAUUUUCCUUCCAAUUGCUCAUAAAUGGAUUACAUAUCUUGUUGUCAUUCGCUGGUAUGUCUGUACUAUAUAAGGUUCAUGUUGUUGGGGUGUGGAAAGUACUUCCUCUUUUGAAACACAACGCAAAAGUAUACAAUUUUGGGAACCCUACCCCAUUUUUGCUAAAUUCACAAGUCACUUUCGCUCUUUACACGUUAUCAACAUUACUUGUUCUAGCAUCAAGCAUCGUUCUCUAUUUCUACGGACACACCAGAUUCAACGCUUUUCUGAAUCAGCAACGCGAGAGUAAAAUAAUCACUCUCAAAGAAGAAGGUACCGGGGGUAAUUUGUGGAGUUACUUCACCCAUUGUGCCGCUCUUUGCGUUCUCCUCUCUAUAGGAAUUUGUAAUGCUCCCCUCAUUCACGAUUACACGGUAGUCUACAGGGGUAGUUUGGACGAUGUCACCCUAAUUUGCAUCAUCGGGGGUAUUAUGCACUUAUUUUUCUGGAUUGUUAUAUGGCUGUUCUUGACAAUAAAGCAGAAGUGGACGUUUAAAAUCAGAGUUACGAUUGGUAGAGCGACAGUAAGAGAGUCGCGGUCUCUUCGGUUGGUUCACGAUGUUCACUUGAGCAGUCACCGAGAAGACGCUGCGCAACAACCUCUUCUAGUUAUUGGUAACGGAAGAACAUACAGUGUGUCCGAUAUUUCACCAAAAAGAGCUAUAAUGGGAGUUAUCCAAAAAGCAGCUCUCAUCAAGAAAUCCAAAAGUAACGGGUCCAUAACUACCAACGACGAUGCAGAGGAGCAGAUUUAUUGGCUUCGACCAGCCAUCGCGCCAUCUCAAAACUCUCCAGAUGGUUUAAAGUAUUUUUGCUGGUUCAAAAAAAAGCCAAAACAAAAAGUCACUUUUGAUGAAUCGACCAGUACAUCGGCAAAUCGCACAAAGAGCAGUGUGAGAAGAAGCACCAUCCCUGGAAUGGACGAAGACGACGGCGAUUACGCCACGCUUAGGGAACUACCCCUGCCGCCAACUAAUCUCUCUCCGAGAAUAUCCAACAGUGAUGAUACCGCUAGUGAAGAGGGAAAGCUUUUGGCUUGUGUUCACGACGAACAUAUAACAUAUGCUAGCACCAACCAAGAUUUUGACCCCCCUGCGGAAACUUUUGAGGAAAGGAGCCCAUUACUCGAAGAAUCUUCUGUUAUUGUUCAUAAUAACUAUGAAAAUCAGACACAAAUUGGUACAGCACCGCGCUGUAUCCGUCGAGCCGAUUCUGGAAUUAUACCUCACGAGGAAAUUCCGGGAAGAUCCGACUCUGUGAGUACAGAGAGCUCCCAUUCACCUCCUGAUCUACCUGGAAGUAACCACAGCGAAACCUCCAGUGGUAUCCACUCGAAUGAUAGCGAACAACCGGCUCCGAAAACUGAAAACAUCAUCAAUAUCACAGAAAACCCAGCUGACAGUCAAGAAAGUACAGUCGUUAUACGUCGAAAAUCAAUGAGACCAAAUAAAACUGACAUAAUAGCCCCAGCUAUACUUGAAGAGGAUCCUUACGGAAGAUGUACCAAUAUGCGUAUGACUUCUUUCACAGACAAAAAUAAUGCGCAAUGUUCAGCAACACUUCCUCAUUAUCCAACACAACCGGUUCAAAAUAUUUAUCCGAAUUGUUCCACGAUGCCUCUACCGCAACAUUCUUCUAACGUUCAAGCUAACAUGGUGAACGGAAAUAGCUGUAAUGUAUAUCCAAGACACCACACUACUAUACCUACACAUCAUAACGGCGUCAAAUUGAUUUCGAGCCCCCACAAUCCUUAUGUUAAAAGACUGCAUCCCAAAGUAGGAGAAGGGAUUAAAUAUGAACCAAUUUAUACUGCUAUUAAUAGGAAAUCCGGUGAAUUAUUUCACUAUACUUCGUAAAACAAGGAUAGUACAGUUUAUAAGGGGUUGGUCAAUGUAUCAGCACAGUAUUACUACAAAAAUUUGAUCUGAAUGUAUUAGAAAUUUUCUAGAUCAAGUAAACAGUCGAAUCAUUCCAAACACGAACAGUCUAUUCUGUCUAACAUGGUUAUGUUCAAUAUAGACAAAUAAUCAAAUUAUUGACACUGAUUCGUCUCGAUUCAACUUUAUACAGAUUAAAGCUUCAUCGAAUGUCAGACUUCAAAUACCAAUUUUAUAAUCUUUACUUUAACCUAGCCUUAUUUUAAAUUGAAAUCUUUUUCUGAAAUAUUAUGCUUUAAAAUUUAAUCCAUCCAUCCAUCCAAACAAAGCGGUAAUAAGUUGUAAUUUUUCUUUUAUUUUGAUCAAUUUACAAAUUGUGAAUUUAUAGUACGGUCAAUUUAGCCCAAAAAAGAGUUAUGAAGCUACGAAAAUUUCGCAUGCAUAUAAAAACUAAAAA